GCUACCCUGCGGAGGGUGACGUUCUCUGUGGUCCCGGGGCCUCAGGACGGUGGUUGCUAUGACAGCGCUGCAGAGGACUCUGAGACCCCCAGCAGUAAGGGUUCAUCUGGACCCCGUGUGGGGGCGCUGUCUCUCCCUGAGGAGGGGUACGAGAGGACCACACCUGAGGGAAGUGUAGGAGAGGAGGAACAUGUGGAGAACGAUGCCAGACAGCUCCCAGACGUAGCCCUGACAGGGAAGUGCACUAGGGAGUGUGAUGAGUUUGGACACUCCGACACUUGUUGGAUGCCCGCCGCUGUCCGCCCGUCGCCUCGGCAACACCAGCGCCAGCGCCACGUCAGCGAGCCGCCCCGCCUGUCCACCUUCGCCUCCCCUGGCAACGACAACAACAAUAACCAUGACGACGAUGAUGAGGAAGAUAGUGACAGCGAGAGCGCCGGCAGCGCCGGGAGUUCCGAACCGGGCGUAGUCAGCGUGGGAGUCGGCGGAGGAGGUCAGAGGUUACCGUUAGCCAAUGGGGAUCCUCUCGGCAGCCUGGUGGGCGGAGACAGGAUGAAUCGGAACAUGGGCGACCACAACCGGAACCUACUCAACCGCAAGAUGACGUCAGCGUCGUACGACACGUUCAGCUCCGCCGGGUUCGGGAGACGCCAUCACGAGGAGGAUAGGGGGGGUCAGGGCAGGGUCAACCCUCCGGAGGUUAUACCAUUAACGAGGACCGGGGACUACAAGACCACGUCAUGCCUCACGCUCUCCCGUAGAGAGGUCUACCUGUAAGAGCAGGAUGGAUGGAUCAGUCCACUGCUGCUGCACCCCUUUGCUGAUGGAAUGGAACAUUCCAUCCCUGUUUGUUCUGGUGAAAUGGAACAGUCCACUACUAGACAUUGGAAUGAAAUGGUCCAUUUCUGUUGUAGUUUUUUUGUUGAGAACUUUGACCAGCUGUGAAUAAUAACAAUAAUAACAAUAAUAACAACACCUAAAGAAGAGAGGACCGCUCAGUGGGUUUGGGUUUGUUUUGGAGACAAGACACCACACAACUACAAAACCACAAAAAGGACACUAGGACCUUAAACUCCAAGAAGAAACGACUAUAAGGUGUGAAUAAAAAAGAUAAAUGGUGUUAAUUAACUGAACGCCCCCCCAAAAAAAACAAACUACGAUUUAAUGGAAUCUGAACUUUUGGAUGCUGAAUACAUCCUAUUAAUGUGGAUGGUGAGGAGGGAGAUGGAUCCAUGGAUCACCUUGGGAAAAAAGAGAGAGCAGUUCUGCUCUGGAGUCACGUACUGACUUCAUCUAAUCUAAACUCUGGGUAGAAGUUUUUCUCCAAAACAGAUCUAGGAUCAGUUUACUCUUCCCUGAAUCGUAACCUGAAGUAUUACAAGGAGCAACACAAUGCUGAACUUAGAUCAGUGUCAAGUGUUAACUUCUUUCUUCUCUUUUUUUUUAAUACUCUUUAAAGUUAAUCAGAUGCAUGUCUAACCUCCCACCAACAGGGGAGCUGUGGGGAGAUGGGAGAGAGAUGGAGGAACUGGGCCUGACGCCAUACACGCCUCAGGACCAAUGGGAACACUCGCUGAGGUGUAUGUGACCAAUAAAAUUUCAUUUAAAGACUUAUGAUCGGACAGAUCUGAAUCUGACU